AUGUCGCCGCCAUUGCCGCUUCCAAGAUAUCAUCAUUAUUUGAUUGAUUUUCUCGUUUUGCAGAAACCACCGAGAUGUGAAGCUGACAGGUACGUUGGCUCGAUGAUUCUGGAACCGAGAAGCUUGUUCAUCAUGACCGAUCGAGCUUAUGAGACAAUGCUUCAUGGGAUUGCUGAACGCGAUUCAGAUUAUAUCGAUCCGGCGAAGGUGUUCAAUUGUAGGCCUGAAUUAGAGAAUAAAACGAUUCAGAGGGGCACUAGAAUUUCAAUCACAAUUCGUAACGUGGCGAAAGUAUCAAAGCUGAACGUGUUCGAAAUGCUUAAAAAAUAA